ACCAGAGUUCACGAAGAACAGAACAACGUUUCCUCCACAUGCUGGAUCGUAUGAAGUGUCUUCACCAGUUGAGUGUUUACGUAGAUUCAUUGCGAAGAAAAUGCGAGUAAAGAAGGGCAAAGAGAAGAAAAAUCUUCCUGAGGACCCGGUGAAGAAUUUUGAGAAGUGGAGGAAGAGGCAUGACAAAAGCAAGAAACAAACUAAACGGCCGACAAAAAAACGCGACUGGGAGAUAGAGAGAGAAAACAUUCAGAAGCUGGUCGCCAAAUACACAGAGAUAAAUGCGAAAGAAGCCAUCAAGUUCUCUGAUUUUCCGCUAUCAAAGAAGACCCUGAGAGGUCUAUUAGAGGCUCAGUAUCGGCAGCCCACAGAGAUCCAGAGACAGACCAUUAGCUUCACUCUGCAGGGAAAAGAUGUCUUGGGUGCUGCAAAAACCGGCUCUGGAAAAACUCUCGCGUUCCUCAUUCCAGUGUUGGAAUGUCUGUACCGUAACCAGUGGACGGCCAUGGAUGGUCUCGGCGCUCUUAUCAUCUCUCCCACACGAGAGCUGGCUUAUCAGACUUUCGAGGUCCUGAGGAAAGUGGGGAAGAACCAUGAAUUUUCAGCUGGACUUGUUAUUGGUGGAAAGGACCUCAAGGACGAAUCCCUGAAGAUUCAUCGCACAAACAUCAUCAUCUGCACGCCCGGACGCCUGCUGCAGCACAUGGAUGAAAACUCCAGCUUCCAUGCCUCAGACCUGCACAUGCUCGUGUUGGAUGAGGCCGAUCGAAUUUUAGACAUGGGCUUCGCUGACACGCUUAACGCCAUUGUGGAGAACCUUCCAAAAACCAGACAAACGCUGCUGUUCUCUGCCACACAGACCAAGUCUGUUAAGGACCUGGCCAGACUCAGCCUGAAGAACCCAGAGUAUGUAUGGGUUCAUGAGCAGGCUAAAUUCAGCACUCCUGCUACUCUGGAGCAGAGCUACGUUGUGUGUGAACUGCACGAGAAGGUCAACAUGCUCUUCUCUUUCUUGAAGAGUCACCUGCAGAAGAAGAUUAUUGUCUUUUUCGCUUGCUGCAAAGAGGUGCAGUUUUUGUUUCGCAUGUUCUGCCGGCUGCGUCCCGGUAUCUCGGUUUUGGCCCUGCACGGAAAGCAGCCACAAAUGAAGAGGGUGGAAGUCUACAACGACUUUGUACGCAAGAAAGCUGCUGUUCUCUUCGCCACAGACAUCGCUGCAAGAGGACUUGACUUUCCUGCUGUGAACUGGGUGCUUCAGUUUGACUGCCCUGAGGAUGCCAACACAUACAUCCACAGAGUCGGCAGGACUGCCAGGUAUAAGGAGGGCGGAGAGGCCCUGCUCAUACUUCUACCUUCAGAGGAGAAGGGCAUGAUUGCUCAGCUCCAGGAGAAAAAAGUCCCCAUCAACAAAAUUCAGGUGAACCCAGAGAAGCUGACGUGUGUGCAGCAGAAGCUGGAGGCCUUCCUGGCCCAGGAGAAGGAGCAGAAGGAGCGAGCUCAGCGGUGUUUUGUGUCUUACCUUCGCUCAAUCUUUCUAAUGAAGAACAAGGACGUCUUUGAUGUGUUUCAGCUGAAGCUCCCAGAAUAUGCCACGUCUCUGGGUCUGGCUGUUCCCCCACGGGUGCGUUUUCUAAAUAAGGCCCUGAAACAGAAUGGCGAGGUAACGCAGGAGGUCAGCGCUGCAGCUGAGACUGACUCUGAUGAUGAGCUAAAGAGCUUUAAAGCCCAUUUCAGAAAAGACCAAGGUACCAACCCUGACUCUGAGUCUGAAGAGGAUGAUGAUGAUGAUGAUGAUGAUGAGGAGGAGAGUGAUGAGAAAGAAGAGGUGGUGAAGUCUGGAGGCCAGCUCUGUGGUGCUGUUGAUGAUGAUGAUGAUGAUGAUGAUGAUGAUGAUAAAGAUCUGGGUCUGCUGACAGUGAAACGGAAAGAUGUGUUUAAUGUCAUUGAAGACCAGGAGGAGGACGAUGACGAGAAUCCCAUGGACAAGAGCAAAAAAGUAUCCAAGUUUAAAGAAGCAAAGAAAACUCAGAAAAGAAACUUCAUGGUGAACACCAAGAAAGUCUUCACUGAGGAUGGAGAGGCAGUGCAGCAGUGGCCUCCGCUACAGAGGACCGUAGUGCAAGAUGAUGAGGAAGGCGACGAGGACACAGCAGGCAUUAACAUUGAAGCGGCCAAGGAGCGACUGCGCAGGGAGGACCAAGAGGUUGACAAGAAGGAAUACAGCAGGAAGAUUAAAGAGAGGCACCGGGAGAAAAGGCUGAAGGAGAAGGCAGCACGAAGAGAAGCAAGCAAACUGGCUAAAGAGGAGAAGGAGAAGAAAAAGAAGGCUGCCAUUGGGGAUGGGGAUGAAGAUGAAGAUGAUGAUGAGGAGGAAGUGGUGGCGUACCUGUCAGGCGCUGAUGAUGAAGAGUUUGACCCCAGCACACUCCCCGACCCUGACAAAGUGUGCAAUUCUGAGGAUGAAGAGGAUAAAAGCAGUGAUGGCUCCGAGUGUGCAGCCAGGAAGAGGGGCCACAGCGGUAGUGAAGAUGAUGAUGAUGAUGAUGAUGGACACUGGGGAACAGGGAGGAAAAAGGCCAAGCGGAACAGCUUCGAGCCCGAGCCUCUGGACACCGGUCUCUCACUGGCUGAGGAUGAAGAGUUGGUGCUUCAUUUGCUGGGAGGCAUGAGUUAGUUCCUUAUUCAGUAUUAUGUGAUAAGGACCACAGCCUUCCUCAUGUUAUGAACUGUAAUUCUGCAAUGUUUCUCUCAUGCAUUUAUACUUUGUUGGGUUAGAUUGUUUGUUUUGUGAAUAAAUAAAAUGAGUCAUGACCAAAUUUUUUUUUAGAUCUAAUUGAAAUUUGCUGAACCGUCCUUCACUAUCUCUGUAUAACAGCUAGUCUUUGUCCACCAGAGAUAAAAGUCGAAAUUGAA